CCGAUAUAGUUAACUACCUGGUUUUCUCGCCGAGCCCAUACACAGCGGAAGACCUUAAAUCCUACAAAGGUUUGGAUGCCUAUAACCAGAUGGUGUGUGGAUGGGUGAGGGAGACGCAGUACCAAGUUAUCAACGACCGUUGUGUUGUGAAGGCCAAAGUACUCCAUUCUCAAUCAAUCCGAGAAACACCCCUCGAACCCUGGAUAAUCGCUGAGAAGUCUGGUCGUAUACUUGGAGCCCACUGCACAUGUAUGGCUGGCCUUGGAGAAACAUGCACACAUGUUGCUGCAUUAUUGUUUCUCAUUGAAGAAACAGUGAAGUUGAGGGACUCAAAGACAGUGACGCAAGAAAAGGCAUAUUGGCUGUUGCCUACUGCACUAUCAAAGGUGGAAUACAGGGAAUGCCAAAAGAUUGACUUCACUGUAACAAAGAGAUCUCAAGUAAAAGAGUUGGCAAGAUGAAUUAUGCUGCUCAUGGACCGUCACUUGAGGAACAAAGUGCUAGUGAUUUUUCUACUAAUAAAGUUAAGAAAACACAACCACCAACCAGUGAUGAACUAUCAUCAUUAUUCAGUGCUCUUAGCACAACUGGAUCUAAGUCUGCUAUUUUGUCCCUUAUUGAACCUUACUCUGACAGUUUUGUCCCCAAAGUGAUUGGAGAAAACUUCCCUCCUGUGUUGACUGAAUUGAGAAAGGAUGAAGCAGUUCACAUGGAUUAUAGUGAUCUAUUGUCUAUGUGCAAAGAUGUUGACAUUUCGGUAUCAGAGGAGCAAGCAAAGGCAGUUGAGGCCGCUACAAGGGAUCAAGCGUCCUCUAAAUUGUGGUUUCGAUUUCGUGCUGGUCGAAUAACAGCAUCAAAAAUGAAAACUGCAUGUUGCACUGAUCCAAAACAACCAUCACAAAGCUUCAUUAAAAGUGUUUGCUAUCCUGAGUCAUACAAAUUCACAUCAAAAGCCACAGAUUGGGGAUGUAAUCAUGAGAAAUUAGCACGUGACAUGUUUAUAGAUGUGCAUAAGGAAGCUCAUGAAAACGUGAAAGUACACGACACCGGUUUCUUCAUAAAUCCAAGUGUGCCAUUCUUGGGUGCUUCUCCCGAUGGUAUUGUUUCUUGUGACUGUUGUGGUGUCAGUGUAAUUGAAGUGAAAUGUCCAUUCUGUGUGAAAAGUGACAAGUUAGAGAGUGUAUCUUACUUGGAGAAGGACAGUGAAGGGAAACUGACACUUAACCGAAACCACCACUAUUUCUACCAGGUGCAAACUCAACUUGGGGUGUGCCAACUGGAAUCAGCAUAUUUUGUUGUUUGGACAGAAAAGGAUUUGCAUGUUGAGCAAAUUUUACUUGAUGAAGAGUUCUGGGGUAUGAUAUGCCAGAAAAGUAAGAACAUUUUCGACACAGCAAUUAUGCCAGAGUUAGUUGGCAAGUUUUACACAAGGCUUUCAUUUCCCAUUGCCACUGUGUCCUCACAACCUGGAAUAUUUGCCUCAGCUGAAUCAGAGGGUUCUGAUUGUGCUGCAAGUGCCAGUGACCAAGGAAAAACCUGGUGUUUAUGUGGCCAGUUUGAGUUUGGAAAGAUGAUUCUAUGUGAUAAUGCAACAUGUAAUAUUAAGUGGUUUCACUACUCGUGCAUUAAUGUUAAGAUUGCACCAAAGGGAAAAUGGUAUUGCCCACAGUGCCAAAAGCUACCCCAGUCUCUGCCAAAAAAAAGGAAAGAAACCUCCAAAUAA